AUGCCGGAUGCUUGGGCAGUUGGAGUGGUGCUUAUUCCUUUUUUCAUUUGGAGGGAGCGUAAUAGUAGACUGUUUGAGGCUAUAGAGAGACAGCCUGCUGCUUCCUUCCAUGCCUUGCUCUCCUCCAUCAAGGAGAUCUCCUUCUCCUUCAAGAGGCCAGUGAGAAAUCAAGCUGAUCUGCUGUGUGCCCGUCUCCUUCAUAUCCCUAUUCUUCCUUGCCCUAGGCAGGUUAUUCAGGAGGUGUGGUGGAGUAGACCUCUUGUUGGCUGGGUCAAGCUAAAUUCGGAUGGGUGUUCUCUUGGAAACCCAGGCAGGGCAGGGGCAGGUGGGAUUUUGCGUGAUGUUACUGCGAUUCCUAUUGGGGCUUUUGGUAUUUUUUUGGGGAUUUCGUCUAAUAUCUUGGCUGAGUUCUCCGCUGUUCUCCAUGGCAUCCUCCUUGCCAAGGAGAAGGGUGUCACCUGCUUGUGGAUUGAAUGUGACUCGACGGCUGUUUGGAUGGCUUUUCAAGGGAGGUCCAUUCCGUGGCAGACAUUUUACUUAUUAUCAAGACCAGAUGGAAGCAUUAAGCUCUAUGAAUUUGUGGUCAUAUUGGGAGCUUUCACGGUUGUCUUAGCCCAGAUCCCAUCUUUUCACUCACUAAGGCACAUCAACCUCCUUUCCUUGAUCCUUUGCCUUACCUAUAGCAUCUGUGCCACGGCUGCAUCUGUUUAUAUAGGAAAUUCAAAUAAGGGGCCACCGAAAGAUUAUUCUGUUCAAGGUAAUCCCGACAAUCGCAUCUUUAACGCCUUCAAUGGAAUUGCUAUCAUCGCCACGGCAUACGGGAAUGGGAUGAUACCGGAAAUACAGGCAACUAUAGCACCUCCAGUGAAAGGAAAGAUGUUCAAGGGACUUUGUGUUUGCUAUGUUGUAGUGAUAAUUACUUUCUUCGGUGUAUCCAUCUCUGGAUACUGGGCAUUCGGCAACCAAGCUGCUGGCACCCUCCUCACUAACUUCUUUAGCAAUGGGGAGCCAUUGGUGCCCAAGUGGUUUCUUUACAUCAUCAAUGCCCUCACUUUCAUCCAAGUAGCACCUGUUGGUUUGGUUUACUUGCAACCCACAAAUGAAAUAUUGGAGCGUAUGUUUGCAGAUCCACAGAAAGGCGAGUUCUCGAAGCGUAAUGUGGUGCCAAGAUUGAUUUCACGUUCAAUAUCGAUUGCGAUGGCAACCUUAAUCGCUGCAAUGCUUCCAUUUUUCGGAGAUAUCAAUGGUGUAAUUGGAGCCUUUGGGUUCAUACCUCUUGACUUUGUCUUGCCUGUGAUAUUCUACAACAUUACAUUUAGACCAACAAAGCUAAGCCCAAUUUUCUGGCUAAAUACUUUUAUUGCUACAGUAUUUUCAGUUGUAGCAGUUAUAUCAGCAGUUGCAGCUGUUAGACAAAUAACUCUUGAUGCUGGUACUUAUAGAUUAUUUGCUAAUGUGUGAAGAAGAUCCCUCACAAUACCAU